GAGUGGACCCGUACAGCCACGUUAUUGUUCACGUGACACCCACCGUCUGCAUACAGGCGUCAUCUUUUUGAGUUCCAACAUGAGGUAAUACACUCUUUGAAGAUGUGGGAAAGUCGCAGUUUACACGAUUUCCCAUACGUUCCUAUAUGUGUGAAAUAGAAUCACAAAGUUCCCCGAGGAAUCAAAAUGGUGAUUAAUGAUUCUCUCCUUGGUCAACACUGGAUACCUUCAUUUCACUAAUAUACCGUGAUUGCUAUGACGUUUUAUUCAGAACGCAUCGGAACUUAAAACCAAAGAGAAUUAUGAACCUCCAGAUGAAUAUUAGAAGUGUAUGCACUCUGAUUGUUCUAGUAAACGUUGUCAGUGCCAACGUUAAUGUGGCCGACCUGAUGAAGACAUACAUCAAUGUGUGUGGUGCGGGAUACACGUGUUAUGAUUGGUCAGCCACUGUCCGCAUGCCAAGUGACCAACGGGAAUCAAAGAUAUGUCCGGAGUGUUCCUGCGAAGAAGACUGUUUUCAGAAACGAACCUGUUGUCCAGAUAAAUAUUUCACCAGACCUUACUCGGUAUACAAGUCAAUAAUUAUCAAUUACCCGGCAGAAUUCACAAAACAAAAAAAAGUGCCUCAAAAGUAUGCUGUUGUCAAUUCUUGUCCAGACAAAAGUGAACCGAUGCAUAAACAUGAAUGUGAAAACGAGGUUUCACCAGCUGCCAUCUUAGCAAGUCCACCUGUAACUUCUACAGCGACCAAUAGUUCAUAUUUUAAUCGUGCAUGUGCCUAUUGUCACGGAGAAAAGAAGGAAGAUUUACACGACUGGCAGAUAAUAGUUGACAUCAAUUGCAUGUUUAAAGGCACAAUUUUCUAUUUCUCCUCUUACGAGGAAAUUCUGUCAUAUGCAAUAAAUGCAUCGUGUGCACUCUUGUACUCACCACAUCACACUUUACCUGCAAUGCCAAAGAAAAAUUACAACCAACCAAUUCAAGACUUCUGUAACGUUUCAGGAACUUGGAAGGAAAUGGACCAUAACAUUCAGAAAGCAUGCGCAUCGUCCUACGAUCUCUAUUACAGAUCAUAUAGCAACAUAUUUUGUGCGAUGUGUAAUCCAAUUUAUUUUGAACAAAAUGUGUCGAAAAUGUCCUCGUGUAACCUAACAGGGGAGUGGUUUGAGUAUGAUGAGGACUUAAUUUCAUCCUGCCGAGAAAAUCCGGUUGUUGAAAUUACCCAUCCAUACAAAAACGUGUUCUGUUUCCUCUGCAAUAAAAGAGGAAUUCGUAACGUCACUAAUGACAAUCACUACGUAUUCAAUGACGCAACGCUAAGGAUAUCAGAAACCAUGUUCCACUCAAAAAAGUAUGUGUAUGAGUUUGAUAAUAUUAUUCUAAGGGACGAAUCUUUGUUUGAUGAUGUAUCUGAACAUUCAGAAAAAACUGCUGCUGCCGAAGAUUACACCCCAGGAAUACUGACGUCGAAAAACCAACAAAUCAACAUCACAUAUUUACUGAUGAAACGCUUAUCCCUCUUUCGAGAGCCGAUAUGCGACAAGUCACUCUUACCUCUCCUGGCUAGAAACCAAACCGAUGAUAAUUGUCAGUGUGACCCGCUGUGCAUUUUGAGAGACCCUUGUAAAUGUUGUUUGGACACUGCUUUAUCGUGGCCUAUCACUUGCAUCGAAGACCGAAUUAAUCUUGCAUAUCCUAUGAUGAUGUCAGUCUUCAAUGGCUGCCACAGAACAGACGGUAGGUAUGAUGGUUCUGUUUACUAUGGAGCCAUAAGACAUAUGUGCGAAAAUAGCGUCGGUCGAUAUGACAUGUUCCCUGUAGUUUCUGCUGGAUCAUUAUCGUACAGAAAUAUUUACUGCCAUCUCUGUAACAACAACUUUAAAAUCAUAAACGAGAGUCUGGAAAUUUUGUCUACGUACACCGUGUGGGGAAUGCAGCUUCAGUGCUCAAAGGAGAUGAAUCUUCGAUACUCGACAAGUAUAACUGAAACAAUAUCAUACGCACUUUCACAAAACCUUUGCACUUUACUUUUUAACACUGGCAAAUCGUUUGAAUGUCCCAAAGCAUCUAUUUUGGGACACUCUCAAUGUAAUGCCACCUUCAAUCUUCAAGAGAUCGACAAUGACGUACAAUGGGCAUGCAAAAAAUCGCAUUACAGUAAAUAUGUCAACAACGACUUUUGUCAACACUGCAAUCCACGUGCUCCAAUUACAGAGGACCCUGCGGUUGAUACCUGUGAUAACACGAGUCUUAAUUAUGAUCCAUUUUAUCGCGAAGCAUGCUUACUAUUUCCAAAUGCUGGCUUUACAUACAACCAUCCGUCCGAGCCCAGAUAUAAGAAUAGGUUUUGUGAGUCGUGCAACAAACCUUGUGCUCCGAGUUGUUUAGUUCAACAACGUCGUCGAAACUCAUGUCAGUCCGAUCCGGGAUCAAGUGCCAUUCGUCCUCCAUUGAUUACCAAUUUAUUCAGAUUUCACGGAGUUGCUUCUCCAUCUGAUGUAAAUGAAAGGGUUGAUGAGAAUGACAAAUCCUGCUAUCCUGGUCGGACCCCCGCCGGUGACAAAUGCGUCUUAUUCUUCCAAGUUGCGGCGAUGACGACAUACACUCUUCACUUUGAAGUUGACGUGAAUAUCACAUCAACAAAAUCCAUUCUUAUCAGUGAUCUUCCCACAAGACUCCAAAGUAUCUUAUUCGAUAUACAAAGACAACUCAACCCAAUAUUUUCAAACAGAAUUAUCGAAUUCUUUGUCCUUCCAUUAGUAGAAUCUGCAGAUUUGGAACAGUGGUACGGGAACUUGCAUUUCAAAGCUGUAAUUUACGUUAAAGUACAAGCGAUUGGGAUGUUCAACCGUUCCUCAGCCGAGGAUGCUUUGUAUGCUUUUCCGUCUAGAUUUCAGUAUUUUAUGGGGGAACAUGUCACAAACUUUCAAGGCAAUGCAACAACUUUCAUAAAUGUACAUGCUAUCGGCACACGACACACGCCACCGUACACUAAAGGAGAAUGGGACAACUCUACCCUUCCAUACGCUGAAUAUAUCCGUUCCCUAAACGAUUCAUUCCUCCAAACACCUUUAAAGAACAACCACGUCAGCUCCUUGCUCUUUUGUAAACAAAAUGUCUACAAAAAGAGCGAUUUCAUAAUUGAUUAUAACACUCUUGAAUUGGUUUUGAAGAAAUCCAACCAGAGUUUUAAGAUGGGACACUUUAUAAAUUCUUUAAAGGAAACUAUACACAUUUGUGAAGAUGAUAUCCCAAAGGAAAAAGUAUUGUCUUCUACAGGCGAUUUACCUCUUCGGAUAGUCACUUUGACUUGUACAGGAAUAAGCUUGAUCUGUCUAGUUUUGACUUUCAUAACGUACUGUUUAUUAAAAGCAUUGCGCACACUCCCCGGAUUGAAUGUGAUGAGCUUAGUGUUUUCUUUAUUUUGUGCGCAGCUCUUGUUUAUCUUUUCGGAUAACGCGGACGACCACAUUGCAUGUAAAGUCGUUGGAAUUCUUCUCCACUAUUUCUGGUUGUGUGCGUGUUGUUGUCUGUUGGUCUGUUGUUUUCACAUGUUUAAGGUGUUUAAUGCUCGGAAGAUGGUACGAUCAGGGAUAAACUUUACAUCCCAUACGUUCUAUCGAUAUAUCAUGUUCUCCUACCUUUUACCGUUAGCUAUUGUUGGAACAAAUGUUGCAGUGAUGUUCGGGGUCACCAAAACGCUUGGCUAUGGACAACAGAUAUGUUUCGUAGAAAAUUUAAUUUCAAACAUCAUAUCAUUUAUCAUUCCUCUCAUUGUUACAUGCUGUUGCAAUUGUUUCUUUUUCUUUAAAACCGUAAGAGGGAUUGCAGCAUCAAGCAGAAUACGAGAAGAUAAAGUGAGGGAGGCGAAGACAUUCGCAAAGUUAUUCUCCAUUACGGGACUGGUGUGGAUUGUUCAGAUCAUUGAUGCGUUUGUCGGAUGGAUUGUUCUCUCCUACUUAGCCACCGUCUUAGUUUGUCUGCAAGGGUGUUUUAUUUUCUUCAGCUUUUGCUGUUCCAAAACGGUCAAACGCCUGUGGAAAGAAAGCAGUCUGUCAAGUUCAUCAAAGACAAAUUUCUUUACAAUUUCAAUGGAAGGAAGGAAAAGAUCUUCAACAAAAACCACUGAAACAGACACGGAUUUGCCGCUCAAUGAAACUACAGGAAAAUAAUCAUUUGCACAUAGAACGUCAUUCGUACACAUAACGAACUGAAAUAUCGUACUGAAAAUAGAAAUAAAGAUUAAAAGUUUAAUG